UCCUCUCGCUGGUGCCGCGGCCGUGUCGGUGCUGCUCCCGGGCUCGCUGUGUGUCCGCACUCGACAUGUUCCGUAAGAUCCGGCGGGUGAACCUGAGGAAGCGCAAUGACUCUGAGGAGGAGGACAAGGAGCUGGAGCGGCCCGUGUCCGGCCCGGUGGGACCACCCGAGCCCGCCCUCCAGCCCCCCGAGCCGCACUUCAUCCUCCCCCAGCCCGUCCUCCCCGAGCCCCCUCAGCAGCAUGACAACGGGCUCCUGGGGGCCCCAGCCCGGCCUCGCAGGGACUGCCGGGACACGUGGGGAGCCAAGGCCAGCCUGCUCAGCUUCCAGGACGAGGAGGAAGAGGAAGAAGUUUUUAAAGUGAAGAAAUCGAACUAUAGCAAGAAAAUAGUCAAGAUUCUUAAAAAGGAAUAUAAGGAUGACAAAGAGAAAACAAAGCCUACAUCUGAAACCUUUAACUUGGCAGAUGGCAACAACGCCAUCCAUAAAGCAUUGGCCAUGAAGGAUAUCAGUCAGGAGGAUGUGGCACAUGGCAGUGACCUUGGGGAAGAGGAAAUGGAAGUCGAAAGUGAAAAAGAGGAAGAGAAGCCUAAGGUGGCUGGCUCUUUUACAAACCCAGUAUCCACUUUAAAUGUUCUCCGUCCAGGAGAAAUCCCAGACGCUGCAUUUAUCCAUGCAGCCCGUAAAAAGAGGCAGAUGGCUCGUGAGCUUGGAGAUUUGCCAUCGGCUGAGAAUGAGGGUGGUAAAGGUCGCUUGGUACGUGAAGAUGAAAAUGAUGCCAGUGAUGACGACGAUGAUGAUGAAAAAAGACGAAUCAUAUUCUCCGUUCGAGAGAAAUCUCAGAGGCAGAAGAUAGCAGAGGAAAUUGGUAUUGAAGGAAGUGAUGAUGACGCUUUAGCGACUGGGGAACAAGAUGAAGAGGUGUGCCGCUGGGAGCAGGAACAGCUAAGAAAAGGAAUCAGUAUACCUCAGGUUCAAGUGCCCCAGCCUACAGAAGUAAAUAAUUUGUUCUACCCAAGCACGUAUCAGGGAAUACCCUAUGGCUCUUCGUAUGGCGUUCCAUAUACUUACUCUGCUUAUGGAUCUACAGAGACAAAAUCUCAUAAACCAGAUAAUUCAGUCUCUUUCAAAACUCCCAGUAAUGAGAUGACUCCUGUUUCUAUUGAUUUGGUAAAGAAACAGCUUAAAGACAGGCUGGAAGCAAUGAAAGAAACCCAUAAAGCAAACUGUGAACUCUAUGAAAAACACGAACAGAGCAAAGAAGAUUCUACCAAUUCUAUAAUUAGAUUGGAAGGCUGUUCGGGGGGUAAUGCUGAACGCUACAAGUUUUUGCAAGAAAUGCGAGGGUAUGUCCAAGACUUGCUUGAGUGUUUCCGUGAAAAGGUGCCUCUGAUUAAUGAACUGGAGUCUGCAAUGCAACAGCUGUACAAACAGCGAGCAGCCCGCCUUGUCCAAAGACGACAAGAUGAUAUUAAAGAUGAAUCUUCGGAGUUUUCGAUGCAUUCAAAUAAAGCUGUGAUGGCACCAAAUCUGGACAGCUUUGGCCGAGAUAGAGCAUCCUAUCAAGAACAUGCCAAGCAGCGUAGGAUAGCGGAGAGAGAAGCCAGACGAGCACGUCGACGGCAAGCCAGGGAGGUAACUGGUAAGAUGGCAGAGCAUCUCGAAGGCCUUUCUAGUGAUGAUGAAGAAACAUCAACUGAUAUCACCAACUUUAACAUGGAGAAAGAUCGUAUUUUGAAAGAGUCGAGCAAAGUGUUUGAAGAUACUUUAGAAAAUUUUCAUUCUAUCGACUGCAUCAAAUCUCAGUUUGAAACCUGGCGAUCAGAUUAUUAUGGCACUUAUAAAGAUGCUUAUAUUGGUCUAUGUUUGCCAAAACUUUUAAAUCCUCUAAUACGACUUGAAAUGAUAACGUGGAAUCCACUAGAGGCAAAAUGUUGUGAAUUUGAAAGCAUGGACUGGUUUGAGUCGUUACUUUUUUAUGGCUGUGAAGAAAAGGAAUAUGACAAAGAAGAUGCUGAUAUUGCAUUAAUACCUUCCAUAGUUGAAAAAGUUAUUCUUCCAAAACUUGCAGCUAUUGCUGAAAACGUGUGGGACCCUUUUUCAUCAACACAAACAAACAGAUUUACUGCUUUGUUUCAGAAGCUAGUGAAUGGAUAUCCUACAGUUGUAAAUUCAGAAAACAAAAACACGGAGGCACUCCUUAAGGCACUGCUCUUCAGAAUGCGAAGGACAUUGGAUGAUGAUGUCUUCAUGCCGUUAUAUCCCAAAAAUGUUAUCGAAAACAAGAAUUCUGGACCCUGUGUAUUUUUUCAGCGCCAGUUUUGGUCUUCUGUGAAGUUACUGGGGAACUUCCUGAAGUGGCAUGGCACAUUGUCUAACAAGACUCUACAGGAUCUGGCAUUAGAUGGGCUGCUCAACAGAUACAUCCUCAUGGCUUUUCAGAACAACGAGAGCGGGGAAGAUUGCAUCAAAAAAGCUCAAAGUGUGACUGCAUGUUUCCCAAGGCAGUGGUUUUCAAACCUCAAGGGGGGCAUUACCAUUCCACAGCUGGAAAACAUGGUCCGGUAUCUUACUCACCUGGCUGGCGUGAUUUAUAGAAAGAACAUUGGAUGCUCAGAUGUGGAGAAAAGAAAUGCAAGAGACCAAAUCAGGCAGAUUGUGAAAUUAUUAGCAAAUGUCAGAGCACUGGAAAAUGCAAUAUCUGUUGCAAAUGAUUACAACGUGAAAGACGUCAAAGCCCAGCCAGAAGCUAAAUAAACACCACAAUUGCAUUCCGGUUGUUCCUUGUGUUUUUGUAAAUUUUAGGUGUGUAAAUAAAGCUGUAUAGUGAUGACAGAUUUUGUUUUAAUGCAGAAGUUUGAAAAAUGCCAAAAACUACUGGUGUGUGUGUUUUAUAAACAAAAAAUACAGAUAUUCGAAAUAAAACAUUUAGUCACAUUCUGAUAGACGUUUUUACAAAAUUACGUUGAUGUUAGAAAAAUGAUGAAAGGACAACUGUAAAGCUACAUAAAUCAAGUGACUGAUCCCAUAUAUUAUCUGCAUUACCUUAUGUUAGAGAAAAAAAACUUCAAAGAUUUUUAGUAGCCUCAUCCUGAAGGUAGGUCAAUAUGUGCAUUGGCUGCUUGUAAUACGUUAUCAUCCAUAUUUAAACUGCAGUAUGUACACCUCUAGGAAAGACUCCACUGAAAGCAGAUUUAAAGAGCAGUUUUCAUGAUAUGAAUUUAUUGCUGAAAACUAACUUUUUUUUUUUCUUUUUUUUUACCUCUUUUUACAUCUUGAUAAAGAACUUGCUAAGUGAAUGUAUGAUUUUAGGAAGUGUCAUGUAAAUACGUCCUUUUUCAUAAAAUAUUAUUUUUAUUUAUUAUUUUUCUGGUUCAUUUACCGGCUUCAUUUUGCUAUUUGGUCAUUUCCUGAAAUUGCUGCAUUUUUAAGUUUGCUGAAACGAUGUGCUGUACAGGUUUAGUUCUUUUCAUUUUAUCGAGUGCCUGUAUAUUUCUGACUCUGAUUCCUCUCUUCUGAUUUGUGUACAGUCGAUAAUUUAAUGAAAUGUGUACAGUGAUGGAGCAUUAAACCAUUCAUGGAAAUGCCUGUAUAUUUUCUGAAAAUGUAACAAAGAUAUUGAAUAAAUUCUUUUUGUAGA